ACUCUCCCCGCCAAGCCUUACAUACCCUCCACUCACUACACACUUGACGUCCCGGCUACUGACUGCGAACCCAACAUCUCUCACCACGUCCGACUUCCCACGUGCACCGCGUGACCCGAAAGCACUACUGUCUCGCGACUUAUAUAAAGUCGCGCAAACCUUCUUAUCUUACCUCUACCCCUCAACCAAUACGAACCUGUCGGUACCGCGGCCAAUGCAACAUUUCCUCGCGCAACAGCAGCAGCAGCAGCAGCAGUACGGCGACUGGCCCGCUCAAGCUCAAGCCCAUGGCCAUCACCAGCAACCGCAGCACCAUGUAGGCCAGCACGGUCAACAUCAAGCCCAGGCCGCCCAGCUGCACGCUCAACACCAGGCCCAGGCUGUCCAGGCGGCUGCGCAGCGCCAGUACCACCAACAACUCGCCGCCAGCAAUGGCACCGCCCUUCCCGGCAACAACGCCGUCCCCCGCGGACCCGCGAACGACGUCCAGACCACCGAUAUCGGAAUGACAGAGGAGAACAGGCGCGUCUUGGAGUGGAUAGCCCAGCUCAUGAAGCCUACCACGCGUGAGGCUGCUCUUCUUGAAUUGAGUAAGAAGCGAGAACAAGUUCCUGAGUUGGCUCUGAUCCUCUGGCACUCUUUCGGUGUAAUGGCCUCGCUCCUCCAAGAGAUCAUCUCCGUCUACCCAUUGCUCAACCCUUCGCAAUUGACCGCCGCUGCUAGUAACCGUGUCUGCAACGCUCUUGCGCUUCUCCAGUGUGUCGCUUCUCAUACCGAAACUCGCGGCCUAUUCUUAAGCGCGCACAUCCCACUCUUCCUUUACCCGUUCCUCAACACAACGUCCAAGUCGCGGCCUUUCGAAUACCUGCGUCUUACAUCUCUCGGUGUCAUUGGCGCUCUUGUGAAGAACGACUCUAGUGAAGUGAUUAACUUCCUCCUCACAACUGAGAUCAUCCCGCUUUGCCUUCGUAUCAUGGAGACUGGCUCGGAGCUCAGCAAGACAGUGGCAAUCUUCAUCGUCCAGAAGAUCUUGCUAGACGACAUCGGUCUUGCCUACAUCUGUCAGACCUACGAGCGCUUUUAUGCUGUCGGCACCGUACUCAGCAACAUGGUCAACCAGCUUGUGGAACAGCAAACCGUUCGCCUGCUCAAGCACGUUGUUAGAUGCUUCCUUCGCUUGAGCGACAACGCUCGUGCUCGCGAGGCGCUUCGCCAGUGCUUACCAGAACCUCUCCGUGACGCCACCUUCUCUUCUGUUCUCCGAGAUGACGCGGCCACUAAGCGCUGUCUUGCUCAGCUCUUGAUCAACCUCUCCGACAAUGUCGUCGAUGCCGCCAACAACCAGCAGCUCAUGCACUAGGAGACAUGCAAGGGGGAGCACAAAACACCUCCUCUGCAAAUCUGGCACAGGUACCUUCGAUGAUCUUGAAUACCUCUCCUUCGCCUUUUGUAUAUUUCUAGCUUCGGCUUUUGCUUCAUUUGGCGCGGCAGCACGCGUAGACGACAUACCC